GAGAUUAAUCUGUUUACGCAACAAAGUCUCCUUUAGAACGUAGAGUGCAUGUACACAUCCUUCAUGCUCUGCAGCUGCAAACAGCUGAGCAUCAUCAAACAACAAACAUUUCGUCACAGGUCACUGAAACUAGAAGAGGACAGGUGGGGAGCAGGCCUAAAGAAGACUUUCUCUCACUCAUGCCGUGUUUUGCAAGGAAUCCAAUAGCCUGUCUUCCUUUCUCAAACUCCAGCAGCUUUGGCCAUAGUCGGCUUCCCAGUCAUGGGUCCCGUGCACGAGUUCCCGUCCGUGUCAUCAGAAGCUUCACCAAGCUACUUGACUAAUGGCGAUGCUAGGGUCAAGAAACGUGUGUCCAUCGACCUGUCCAUCAGCAGCGGCAAGGAUGAGUCCAUCGACUUGGACGCUAAGAAGAUGGCGGAGAGAAGUCGAACUCGAAAAUGCCGCAAGCGCUUGUCCAUCCUCAUGCACACUCAUGUGGCGCUCAUUGUGGUGUGCACUCUCGCGGCACUCGACGCUGCUUGUGUCAUCGGCCAGAUCAUCUGCGACAUUCUUAUUAUGAAAGAGACUCUUCAUGAGUGGGACGAGUUGGAUAAGAACUUGACGACAUUGCUAAAAGUUCAGAUCCCAGACUUGAAUGCGACUGAACAUGACCCAGAGGCGCUAAACCUAAAGAAGAUCAGGGACAUCCUACUGAAACCUCCUAUACCGGUCAGCAGCCGGACGCAGCCAGCUUCUUCCUUCAAUUCGGAUGGUCUGGAUCCCCAGUGGAUGGCAGCUCUUCAGAGUGCAGCCAAAACGCAGAUAGUUGGGAGCCACACUUCAGAGUCAGUCAACGUGACAGGCGAUUUGUCAUCCACCCAGGGUAACUCCAGCAAGGAACCGACUCAUUGGAAUCUUCAAAAUACCCGUGGCGAAGAGCAGGCGGCGACGAGCCGCAGAGGGGAUUUGCAAGGAACGCAUAAGCUGCUGCAUGACCUCACGCACUCGUUUCACCUAGGGUCGUUGAUAAUCCUCUCCAUGCUCUUGCUGGAGACUCUCCUGAAGGUUUUUGCAAUGGGGAAGAAAGUGCUCCAUCACAAACUGGAGAUUUUUGAUGCAUUCGUCGUGUCCGUCUCAUGGGCCCUCGAUGUUGCAUUCUGGGAGGGCAUCUGGGCUCAUCCAGGUGAAGAAGCUGCCACCAUCUUGAUAUUUAUACUGCCAUGGCGUGUAGUCAGGAUUGUUAACAGUUUCGUGCUGGUCAUCCAGGAGAAAGAUCACGUGCAGUUGAAGAUUGUCAAGCAAAGGCUGCGGCUGUCUGUUAAACGGAGUAAGGAGACCACUCGCAAGGCCUCUGCGUACAGGACUGAGGUGAAGCAGCUGCAAGGUCUGUGCCGGAAGUACGGGGCUACAGAAAACGAGAUCAACGCAUGCGGACCAACAGGACGAAGUGGCAGACGCAGGAGCAGCCUGGUUCCAGUCAUGGAGCAGGCAGCCGCCUUGACCCUCAUAGGUGCAUUAGGGUCGCACCCUUCGCUGUACACCAUGGAGUCCAGUUCCGACGAAGAUGACUUGACUUCGCGUGACCUCACUCACGGCAUCACCAACGGCCGUACGCUGCGGUCGGCAUACUCCUGCACGACUCUGGACUCGGCAGACGGCAUCUACACGAUCGACAGUAAGAGGAACAGUGAAGGUUACAUCACCAGUGACAACGAAAGUACGGCGGACGGGCUGGACAAUCCUGUCUUCGAGAACGAGGACGUAUCAACCUCGGGGCCUCGCCGUCGCCACCGGACCGAUCCCCAGGAAGAAAGUCACGUGGUCUGGCAGCGAGAGACGCUUCAGGAGGUGCCAUGUGAAGCUAGCAGAAGUAGCGAGACUCCCAGUAGUGAAAGCAGCAGUCAGGGUGCAGCGGACACAACUAAUCAAGAUGUUCCUCCAACCUACCACGAAGUCUUGACUCAACAGGAUAGCGUCACACGACUUUGAAAGUGGUCCGAGAUUAUCGGCAGUUAUAUCAGUAUCGUCAGACCCAAGAAGCACAGAAGAAAAAGUCAUAAUAUUGUCAAAGCACAACGCUGCAUUGUUACAUUGUGCCUGCCACCAGUGCCCGUCACAGACAAGUAGUCCUCACUUGUCCAUGUUGGUGGCGCGGAAACCCAUACAUUCGUGGACUUCUGUUUCGCAAGUAACAGCAGUGUUCGCAGCUGCUCACGACAAACCUCAUUUCUUUUUAUUGUGUAACAAGUCCAGGGCAAAAUCUUAAUUAUAGCAACUGACUUUUGUGGUGAAAUUUUGCACCAUUUUUGUACUACAUGCGGCAAGAGCUACUAUUCUUGGAUUACCAGAUCCAGUCUUCGUGACAGUGACUAUGAUCGCCUUGGACUACACACGAACAUACAUGAUAAUUUGUUUUGACAUCAGCACCAGUAGACAGAAGUGAAACAUAAGAAUGAUUUCGUAGAUUUUUUCCAAUUAAUUUCUAGUUAACUGGAAUAGAUAUUUAUAACCAGGAAAAACAAACUCAGAUUACAAUCAGUCAUUUCGGGAUUCUGUGCGACCAUGCUAUCUCACUUGGUGGCACAAUGGUUUUAGAAUUGAACUUACUAACAAAUAAAACAAGAACAGAGAUGUCUCACAGUAACAUUUGCCUCAAUAUCUAUAAAAUGGGAUGUUUCACUUUUAGUGUUUUUCAGCGAUAAUCAAGAUUGACAUUAUUGCAUAUGACUGAAGCCGUAAGGCAAAAUUUCUAUAUUUUGUAUGGAAAAGCAUGGAGUAGGUGCAAAGGCACUAAUUCUACUUCUAUCUGUUGAUCUUUCUCAAUUUGUUAUUUUUAUACACAUAUAUUUGUUUAUGCAUAUCUUUGCAGUUUGCUUCUUUCUACCACCUCAUGUACACAAACGUGUGUACGUGUGCUGUGUGUCUACGAAAUAUUGUAUAUGCAUAUGUGUGUGUGUGUGCGCCUAAGAGAUAGCGUGUGUGUGUGUGUGUGUGAGAGAGAGAAUUCUCUCCAAGUACUGAUUCCUGAUUACGUUACGAGAGUGACGUUUGUGCAAAUCCACCUUGAAACACUUGAGAAGUCACGUGACACAAGGGUUAAACAAAAAAAACAGCAAAAGAAAAACUGGCCAGUGAAGACCGCUGUACCGGUGUGACAGCGAUGCUGUGUCUUGUUCUGAUGGUCAGAUGGUACAUUACUACGAGGACUUGCAUGUUGUGGCGAAAAAGCCGCUGGUGCUGCCGAACACAAGUGUAUGUGCAUCAGAGAGAAACACAAGUAUAUCAACACUCAGCAUAAUAACGUGUCUUGUUUUCGUGAGCACACUUUCUGGCAGUGAGCUUCUGCUUCGAAACACAGCGAACCUUCGCACUUGACUUGUAAGUCAGCUUGUAUAUGUAGUUUCGUGACAAGUCCGAAUCACUCAUUCAAUAAAGCUUAAUGUGAUCGUCAAAUAUACUUCAAGGUGCUAAUACAAAACUUUUCUUGGUUUCUUGCUCUUGCCUUUGCUACCUACUGUUGCGCUGCACUUGUAUGUUACGCAGUUGAAAGUUGUUUUGUGAUUUAUCAUGUGAUUUUCCACCACGCAACUGUAACAGGACACCAAACGAGCAAGUUUGCAGCAUUGCUGUUCAUAUUGUACAGUGUUACAAUUUUUGCAAAUAUCUUUUUUAUUUUUAUUGUUGUUAUCGUUUUGGGUGUCUAUCUUAAAACGAUUGAUUUGUUGUAAUAAAAUGAUACGCAGAUAUUUCAGUAAAUACACGCUGUAUAACAAA